UGCAAGAGGGGGGCACAUCUCAGAUUUUCCAAAUUGUAUUUAUGUCAAGGACACCCCCCCCCCCAAGAGAACUGGACCCUGGUUUUGUGUGAAUCUAGUGAGAUUUUGUUUUUUCUGAAUAUGAUUUGAUGCAGGUGUGGGCACUGGAAUUUGACUGAAACGGAUCAAAUUAAUAAUCGCUAUCACAGUCUCAAAUGAGUGAGAUGACAGUUACAUGUAUCAACUGCCUCGCUUUUUUUUCUUGGAUCCUCCCCUCGAGAGAGAGACACCUUUGAUUAAAGUUGCAAAGCAUAAAACAUUUAAAGAACACGACUUUCGGACGCCGAGUAGCAGCGGCUGGCGAGGCACUGAGCCCGCUCCGCGCGAGUGACGAGCCCGGCAGCACGGCCGCCCACUCACGGACAAGCUGGGCGAAUCUCAAUUGUGUAACGUUCAUUGACGAGUCAGCACAAUGCUGCUGAGACCGCGGAGGCGCACCGAGCCCAGCAGAGCGGUGACAUGCUCCCAUCGAGGAGAACACAGAUGGACAGCCUAGUUCAGCCGCUCGUCGCCCAGUACCUCGCCAUGGGAUAUCAGUCGAAAGAACACAACCGAAACGAAAGUGUAUCGUCGGAGGAGAAGGGCAAGGACGAUGCUAGAGUGACUCCAAGAUGCAGCUCCAGGUCUAGAGUUUCUCCUCCAGGCCGUCCUCACAGGUUCCACAAACCCAGCCCGGCCCAGACCGCCCCGGGUAAAACCACGAUGUCCCUGGGACACCUCACCAAAGGGGCGAGCUGGGAGGAGCUGAUCCAGGCCUGUCUGCAGUCCUUCGACUCGGAGGGUUGUGUAUGUGGAAGCAGCCACUCGUUGAACAUCACCCUGACCAUGCACCGCCUGCUCAUUUCCUCCAGCGAUCUGCUGGACAAACUUGUGACUUUAUUCAAAACAGCGCUGGACAAUGAGCAACCGACAGAAUGCCAGAGGAUAUGCUACCUCAUCAGGCAUUGGAUCCAGGAAUUCUGGAUGAUGUUCCGGUUGCACCACAGCUUGUCAGACAGCCUGGAGCAGUUCCGGGAGCUGAUCAGAGAGCAGGGACAGGAGUGUCUUUGCUCUCUCCUAGAGACCAAAUGGAUAAAUGAACGGGACUGGUCUUGGAAGGCCAGCCAGAAGAUCAAAGCUAACAGCAGUAAAAAGAGGAAGGUUUCUCUUCUUUUUGAUCAUCUCGAGCCCAUUGAGUUGGCUGAGCAUCUCACCUACCUGGAGUUUAAAUCUUUUUGCAGGAUAUCAUUUGUCGACUAUCAGAAUUACAUUCGAAACUGCUGCAUGAAGGACAUCCCCAUGAUGGAGCGUUCCAUUGCCCUGUGUAAUGGCAUCUCCCAGUGGGUUCAGCUGAUGGUCCUGAGUCGGCCAACUGCUCAGCUGAGAGCUGAGGUUUUCACCAAGUUUAUCCACGUCGCACAGAGUCUACAUCAUAUGCACAACUACAACACACUAAUGGCGGUGGUAGGAGGCCUUUGUCACAGCUCAAUCUCCAGACUGAAAGACACCACCUCACAUGUACCUAGUGAGGUCACUAAGGUACUGAACGAGAUGACAGACCUGCUGUCCUCAUGCAGAAACUAUGACAACUAUAGACAAGCUUACAACAGGUGUACAGGUUUCAAAAUCCCCAUCCUGGGCGUCCACCUUAAAGACCUGAUUUCAGUAAAUGAGGCCAUGUCAGACUACGUGGAGGACAAUAAGGUCAAUGUCCAGAAGCUCCAGGCACUCUACAGCCACAUUAACGAGCUGAUCCAGCUUCAGCAGAUCCCACCCAAGCUGGAUGCUAACAAGGACCUGGUCCAUCUGUUGACGCUGUCCUUGGACCUUUAUUACACUGAGGAUGAGAUCUAUGAACUGUCUUACGCCAGGGAACCCAAGAACUGUAAAGCACCUCCAGCCACCCCCUCUAGACCUCCAGUGGUUGUGGACUGGGCAUCAGGAGUGGCUCCCAAACCUGACCCCCGAACCAUCAGCAAGCAUGUGCAGAGAAUGGUGGACUCGGUGUUUAAGAACUACGACCACGACGAGAAUGGUUUCAUUUCUCAGGAGGACUUUGAGAAAAUUGCUGCUAGUUUUCCUUUUUCCUUCUGUGUCAUUGACAAAGAAAAGGAAGGCCUCGUCAGCAGAGAGGAGAUCACAGCCUAUUUCAUGCGGGCCAGUGUCAUCUGCUCCAAACUGGGGCUUGGGUUUGUCCACAACUUCCAGGAGACCACUUACAUGAAACCCACCUUCUGUGACAACUGCUCAGGAUUUUUAUGGGGUGUCAUCAAGCAAGGUUACAGAUGCAAAGACUGCGGGAUGAACUGCCACAAGCUGUGCAAGGACCAGGUGGCGUUCGAGUGCAAGAAGAGCACCAAAGUGGCCAACGCCAUUGACAGUCCCACACCAGUCACCAUGGGCACCUCAGAGGGUUCAGAAGAAUGUCCUUUCCCCUACCCACCAGAUGACAGCAAAGACUGGAGCCCAGACUCCCCAGUCACCUCCCAUUCGAGGCCCCAGACAGUCCAUAGUGGCACCCAGACAGAGGGACCCCAGUUAUCCUCUGCUGCUCCCGAACCCAGUCGCCUUCAGCCUUCUCUGUUAGUCCCAGCAGCACCCACCCUCACCUCCUGUCCCAGCCCAAUGCCCCAGAGAAAACAGCGACACUGUGCCAAGUGGGAAAACAGAGCUUCUGUUGUGCAAAAGCCUAAAGAACCAGAGGAGGAGAGCAAACCCACCUAUGAAUGUCUGGAAUCAGAUAACCAGAGGCUGCAGAAGGCCAAUGAGACACUACGUAGGAAGCUGAAAGAGACAGAGCGGGAGGUGGAGAUACUAAAGACACUGCUGAAGAGGCACGCUCUCCACCCUGUGGAGGAGGACUCCUCGUCAUAGACUUAAGCAUACAGUAUACUUCACCUUCUCCAGGGAGAUUGCUGCUGCCCCCGUAUGGCAGCAUGCAUAAAUCUGGAUCCCAUAUUUAACUUACUGGUCAUGAACAGUGCAAGUCAUUUAUCAGUAUAAUGAGACCCAGGCAAACUUGGCAUCACGUGGGAUACAAUGCACAUGGCCAGUCGAGGUGUUUUAAUGCUGUAAUGGUGGACUAGUUGAAAAAGCCAAUCAGUAUGUCACCUAUAAUGAGGUUAAGGACAUUUUUAAGGGUGAAGUUGGAAUGAAGUUUCCUGUUUAGAAGUUCAAAAAAAAAAUUAAACGUUGAAUGAAGGAGUGCAGUAUUUAAGAGUGGAAAAUAUAGCAGAAUGUGUUUGACCAAUUCUUGAUCAAUUAAUGGCCCUAGAUAUUUAGGAUAAAAACUUAAAAUGGAAAUCGGGGGCUGCAGUAAAAUGUAUGCGGCUAAAUAUUUUUCUAAAUAUUUGAACGAAAGUUCAGCACCAUCAGAAUGGCCUCAGAUACACAGAACUGUUGUUGUUCUGUAUUAUUGUCCCUGUUCAUAUCAAUGCACAAGAUGUUCUCAGUGUGUCUGUUAAUAUUUAUUGUCUGAAACACUACAUAGCUGAUAUAAAGACUAAGAUAAGUGAACAUUUUGUACAGUAUGCUGGUACUUUAGCUGAAUUAUUUAAGCUUGUGUGUGUUGGCAUCAUAUUGAUACUUUUAUUGUGCAGCCAUGUCAUUUAAUUAUUGUGUGGUCCACUGUAGCAGUGUUGUACUGUGAACAGGAAUCAAGAUAGAUGUGUUCGUACUGUGUGUAAUGUACUGUAAAUAAAAAAAGUAUACACAGUGC